AUGAGGUCCACCGACCAGAUUCCAUCCUCGAUGCGAGACGAGUUGGACUCGGAUAAAGCAAAGGCGGUGACGAGGGCCAAAAAGCGCCACAUAUCCAAAGACGAAGGUGCUUUCGGGAUGGGCUCACUUCUCUUGCCUCUCCGUUCAGAUAUCAUCGACAGCUGCGCAUUUUCUCGUCAUACUUCCGAGAAAGAGAGAAGGGAGAGCAACCGGGACGCUCUGCGAUGCUUGAUCGGCUGCAACCUCGCACUCAGGUCCUACAUGCAAAAACUCAAAGAUGAAUUAGGUGUUCCCAAUCCCCCACACCUGGUGGCGGAGAGCCUGGGUCAUUCCUCGGCCGUUCUGGCCUGGGAGGGAUGGCAUCGGUCCAGACCCAGCGUCAACAUCUCUUAUCUCGUCCAAUGGAAAUACGCGGAUUCUCCAGGGGAUUGGGAAUAUUUCGAUCCGGGGAAUCCCCUUUCGAGGACCACCGUCAACGUCACCGGAUUGAGGCCCUACACCAAGUACCUCUUUCGUUCUGCGUGGCUGCUGCUUCCGUUCCAGCCACCCCUGUUUUCCCGUGCCAGCGUUUCUAUAUCCACUUUACCCCACGGCCCACCCGAAGAUGCCCCCAUCAUCGAAUCCCUUUCUCCGUUGGGCGCCGACAGACUUUCCGUCUCCUGGUCCGAACCGCGAUUCUCCAACGGACCGCCCGUUUCCUUCGAGCUGAUUCUCCACCAAGUGAACGGCUCCCAUUCGGUCCUGAAGGAGGUCCAGAUCUCGGACAAGAGCCAGUACCAUUACAUAUUCGCAAACGUGUUGCCCCAGACCACGUACACGUUCUCGGUGCGCCUUCGCAACCACGCAGGCGAAGGACCCGAGGCGAAAGCUUCCGUCAUCAUGCCUCCCAGCGUCCAAGAUGAGGACUCGGUGACGCCGUAUCUUCUCAUGAUCUCUAGUCAUCAGGUCCUGAAGCAGUCCCUGGAUAUUUUGGAGGAACCGGAAGCCCUCUACACGGUCCCCGAUUCUGCUGAUGCCAUCGAAGGUUUGUCGGUGGACGUGCGAGAGGGAGUGUUUUUCCUGACGGACGAAUCGGGAUUCGUGAGCCGUGGAACCUUGGAACCGUCAGGAGCGGUGUCCACCAUCCUCACGCCGUCGCACAUCGGCGGUCUCGCCAAGUCCCUCAGCGUCGACUGGAUCCACCACCUGGUAUACUUCACCGUCCGGAUGGAUUCCACGUGGAAUAUCGGGCGGUGCGACCUUAAGGGCGGGGACUUUCGAACCUUUCUCACCGGUCUGAUCGCCGAGCCCAUCCACAUUCAAGUCGAUCCUUUCACAGGGUACAUGUAUUGGAUUCAAAAGAGACACGGCGCAGGGCUAUACGCCAUGGACUUGGCCUUAGUUGACGGGAAUGGAUCCUCGAGAGAGCCGAAAGUCCUCUAUCGUUCUGCCUCCCUCGGUGCCCUGACCGUGUACCAGAGAAAUUUCUCCGUUUUGGUCGCCGACGAAGCAAAACACACCAUCCUCGCCGUCUCCAUUGACGGGUCGGGAGUGGAAGACAUCCGAGGGAACACUCAACAGAGCCAAUUGGAACAAGUGUCCGGAUUGGCUUACCACGAGGGACUUUUUUAUUGGACGAGCGGGCCGCAGCUAAUCAGGGAGGAAUACUGGCCCACUGGGGGCAAGUACUACCACAACACCUUCCCCUUCAGUGGCACCCAGGGGACACCCUUCCGGGAUCUCGUCCUGGUGCACCCGGGUGCCCAGCCCAUCCCAGCGCCGGUGAAUCCACCCAAGGGACUCCAAGCCGUCUUCAGUACGAAUCGAGCCAAGAUUUCCUGGCUGUCUGCUGCGCCCAUUGACGGACUCGGGCAAGGAGCGUGGAAGGAGUGGUCCUACGAGGUGCACGUGACGCAAGUGGAGGACUCCCUGACCAUCUACCGGAGGCCCGUGAACGGAACGGGUUACACCAUGACUGACCUACGACCCGAUACUUUUUACAAGGUCAAGGUGAGGGCGUACAGCCAGGGUGGAAUGGGGCCAUGGAGCUCUGACUUCCUGGGUCGAACUCUGAGGGAAGAGUUUGGGGAGACGGCUCCCAUCCUCAUCUGGAGUGCAAGGGAAGGACUCCUCCAGUCUGACAUCACUGGCGAGCACGUGCGACCCAUCCUGCACUCGCUCUCCUUUCAAGAGGAAGAUGGUGAGGAGGUGCACGUAACGCACAUCGUGCCACACGAAGACAGCGUGUAUUUGGUGAUGAACGAUUCUUCCCUGUACCGACACGACCGGCACGACGGGAGCCUGUCACUCGUCGCUCACGUCACCUCCGCCUCCUGUCUCGCCCUCGACACCCUCGCCCUCAAGAUGUACUGGUCCAACCCCCUUCAGCAGGUCAUUUCUCGGUCGAACCUGGAUGGGAGUGACGUGGAGGUCCUGCCGUUGGUCGCCACUACCCAGUUCCUCUCCGUGGAUUCCCUCAACGGGUUUCUCUAUUUCGCCAGCACGCAUUCCGUGGAGAGUUCCCGGCUGAACGGGGCCCAGAGGAGCGUCUACUACCGGCAGGGUUACUUCUCGGGCAAACAAGUGAUGGGUCUGACCGUAGACCUAGACCACGAUUACUUGUACUGGCUGGUCCGGAGCUACGAAGGACUUCGAAUCUACCAGGGGUCCUUGAGGACCGACCAGGAGUCAGAGGUCAAGGUCAAAGAGGUCAAGUUCUUCCCGCGGGCCCGAGCUACAGGACCUCUACACUAUUUUAGCGACCGCUUCAUUUGGUUGGAAUCGGAGAGCACGGCCGUCAUUUCUGAUUUGGAUGGCACCAAUUUGGCAACGUUGAGGGCCGAGGGGCUUCACGAGUUGAAAACCCUCGGAAUCGAGGAUCCGCUCAGCCAGACCCUUCCCAACGGAACAACGGCAUCAGAGUUGACGGUGAGACCGGAUCCAAUGUCAAACUCUUCUGCAAAAGUGCUGGGAAGCUGGGACAACUUCACGCUCACUUGGGAAAAGGCCACGGGUGUCAACUAUGGGGAUGUCUUCUACGAACUCAGCCUAGAAGUUGGGAGACAUAAGAUCUUCAAGGUGCUGAACGAAACAGAAUACAAGCCUGACUUCAAAGUUCCUGCUUAUUCACGCGUGCGACUCCAAUUACGACCCUUCACCUAUUGGAGCAGUGGUGCCAAGAUUUUGCUGGAUCUUCGAACUCCCAUGUCCGUCCCCGGUGAACCCACGCGCCCCAGGGUCUUCCUUUCUCAUCAGCAUCUGCCCUUCGCUGACGCUCAGGGCGCGAUGGUGACGUUCCGCUGGAACAAACCCUCUUCUCCGAACGGUGAGAUCCUCUCCUACGGAGUCCGAUGCUGGCAGUCGCUGCAGGGCAAUCAGAGAACCACCGUCUGCGACAAUGCGCGCGUCCGAGGAAACGCGACCGAGUUUGUCGCAAGAAACCUUCCACUCGAUGGCACCUUCUUUUUUCAGGUGGAGGCGAUAUCAGCGGCGGGAACUGGAAAUGCGACUCAGCCCUUACGGAUCGUUACCUCCAGGGAGAAUCCUCUUCCCUUCUUAUUGCUGGCUACAUUCGAUGCCAUCCAGAUGGCAGAUGUGGAUUUGAAGAAAGUGACGCCGGUUGAAAGAACGUUGGCGUCGCCGAGGGUCGUCGCCUUCUUGCCACCCGACAGGAUCUUCUGGAUCGACGACGACCGCAAUCUCAUGGCUGCCGUCCGCAACGAAAACGACAAGCAAAAGUUGCACCGACUACGUGGAGUGGGAUCUGCCCUGUCCGUCGACUGGGUCGGCAGAGACCUUUAUUGGGCCGAACUCUAUCCCCAUUCCGAUGGGAGCGCCAUCUACAGGUUGGAUUUGGACGAUUUGGAUGCCUCGCCUGUGAAUGUCCUUCAUAUCCCCAAGCAAAUUCGUGCCCUCGACGUCCUCCCCUUCAACCGAACGCUGGUGUUUUCGGCGGUGGGAUCCGACGGAAUCGGACGGAUUUUGUUGAGCAACACGGACGGUAGUAAUGUCCGCUCUCUCCUUGGAUCUCCCAACAGGGAGAGCGGGGAGGAGAGGUGUAAUUGCCCUGGGAACCAGGCGAUGGGGGGCGCCAUGACCGUGGAUAGCUCCGUGACCUCUAACCCUAAGGUCUUGUGGAUUGACGGGCUGACCUUUGACCUUUGGGUCACCGAUAUCGUCGGGUGUCGCUGUCAGCUUCUCCUCAACGCUUCCUUCGCCUCAAAACAAGGUCUCCCUCCGUCUACCUUGGCGAUAGACACGAACAACGUGUAUUGGUCGAAUGCGAGCACGGGGCAAGUAUUCUAUAUCCGCCGAUCCAGUAAUGCAAAUGAAGUUCCAAAAUGUGAAAAUCUCACUGCCAGAGGUGUCCAGGGCAUCCGAGCCAUCGCCAGCAACCUCCAGACAUAUCCCAAUCCACGAUGCCUAAUGCCCCUUCCGUAUUCCUCACCACCUGAACUGAUGAAUGCGAGUUCGACGAGCAUGACCUUUCGACUCCAGCCGGCCUCUGUCGACCCUUCGUGCCGGAAUAUCACGAUGGCCACCACCAAAUAUCGGAUCUAUUACGGAAGACUCGGAGGACGACUCGUCUCCGGAUGCCAGAAUCGCCUCAGUGCCUGCCAGACAAAGGAAUCGAGGUCGGAGGUGAUGGUGCUGGAUGGACUGGAGCCGCACUCGAAGUACGUGGUGCAUGCAGCGGCGGGGAAUCAUUACUCGGAGCUUGGAGGGGGACCCCGCAUUCUCUCUUCUCCCCGCUUCUUCAAUACCACCGCUCGCCCCCCCGAGCCCGCACGAAACGUGACCUGCGAACCGUUGACACCCACGGAGAUACGGGUGUCCUGGCUACCCGGAAGUAACCAGUCGAACCAGGGUGUGACAUACGAUGUGCGCUGGAGGACUGAGGGUACCAGUGGUGGGAUAACGGUGCAGGAUGCGACAGCGUUGGUGAUUCCCAAGAGCUCAUCUCCGAUUGAUAAUCGCGCCUUCUUCUCCACCGAAGUCCAAUUCCUCCAGGAGGACACCGAUUAUGAAGUUUGGGUUGAGGCGUAUGCAGUGGACCGGUUGUCUCAUUCCCCAAGUGGAGUGGUGCGAACGAGAACCUUCCCAACCCCGGGGCCAAUACGGAAGGUGAAUGUGACAUCGAGGACCAUCAAACUUACCUGGACUUCUCCCCCUGGGCAUCUUCUAUCUAGUUACAGGAUGGAAUAUUUGAGCCUGGGAUCGAGUCGAUGGAACGUGUCCAGACCGGUCUCCCAACAGACCCCGCUCCAUUCCAUCAGUGAGGGGCUUGCAGCAAAUUCCGGUCCUGUCCGAUACGAACAUGUCAUUCGAGACCUCCAACCUAACACUUCCUACACGUUCCGAGUGGAUGUGACCUACGCUCUGUCCGGCCGGUCCUUCCUAUGGCCUCUCGAUAACCGGUUCAUCUUUCAGACCUUGGGUGAUCGACCGGAGAUGGUGGGAGCGCCAACCAUCCUGACGUUGGGAGACAAGCACCAGGUUUCAUGGGAACCAGCGCUAGAGAACGGAUCACCGGUGGACACCUACAUCCUCGAGAUGAAGGCCGAGGGAUACAAGGAUCCCCAACCUGAGUUCUGGAGGAUCGUCUACAACGGAUCUGGCAAGUCUUGCUCAUUUCCCAAGCUAGGGAUUCACCAAUAA